CCCUUCCUUCCUUUUUUGUAUAAAAGAUUAAAACCCCUCUCUCUUUACCAUGGGGAAACAACGUCGUAAAAAUAAUGACAAUGCUAAGAAUAAGAAAACAGCAAUAGCAAUGAGUGACCCGGAUUGUAUUGUCAAUCUACCUACAGAUGAUUCAGAUACUCCGGAAGUCAGUUCUCGUUCUCGUUGGUACUUUCAACCAUAUGGCAAAGAUCUUUCAUGUACUUCCGAUUAUAUGCCUCCGGUUAUGGCUGGUGUGACACAACAGUGGUCUGUUGAUAUCAAGCAUCUGAACCGAGGGCUUUAUUGGCCUGUCCUUGGCAUUUCCUUCAAUAAAGUUGACUUGAAAAGCUUGAGCUCGAUCGUUUUCCAUGUUCAUGUUGACAAUCCAAAAUUCCUCAUCGUACCGCAACCAUACAAAGAGGUCAUUACGAAACAGCAGCUGAAAGAAAUGUAUUGCGAGAAAGGCAUUGUUAGAUGGAAGCUUCAUCGACAAUUUGACAGCAGCAAUUACAAUGGCACUAUGCCCUUGCUACUUGUGGACAUGGAGAUAUGUCUCGACGGUGAUUCAUCCGAGCAGCAUUUUCCGAAACUACACUACUUUGAGUUGCAAUCAUGCUCAAUCGAAAAUUUUAUGAAAGGUACUCCUUUACGUGCCCACAAACCGUAUUUGUGGUCGAUUGAUGUUGAGCAUAGGGAAGCUGAUACCGAUCCAGGCCCAGCAUUACCGGCUAAGAUCAUGCACAGUGCCAUCUCUGGCAAUGGUGAACGUGCUGCGACACUUUCUACUACAAAUCGUCAUGUUUAUCUUGAUCUGUGGGAUCUGUCUAGCGUCAAUAACAGUCUCUUAACUGCGAAUGAGGCUGAGUGCUGGAAUACAGGAAACCAUAGCCCUUCAUGGUGUACAGGGGAGCAAUUUUCCUUCUUGGACUCUAGUAUUACUGAAAGUCAGAUUCAACCCUUGGAAAGUGGCGCUGUUUCUAUUUCGUGGAGUGGUAUUUUUGUGGCAGUUUUUCGGACAAUACAAGACGGCCAAACAAAAGAGUUGAUUGUAUUUAAGUAUUCUGCUCCCUGCAGCCAUGACAUGAGUAUGGAUCAGCGUGGUAAAUCAUCAGGAUUCUCAACAUUGCAGCGCUGCAAUAAUCUCUUUGAUUUUCAUGGAGAAGGAACGUUUCAUAUAUCGGAUACCAACUGCCCUCAGGAGGAGAAUGAGCUCUUCAUUGCGUGCGAUGGGACAUCAGUCCGCAUAUAUGAAGUCCACAGAGGCUGGAGUCACGUUUGUACGGUGCCUCUUAGCGUGAGCGCCUCAUUCUUCAUCGGAGAACCAACCAUUGCACUUCAAGGCAAGUUCUUUGCUUGGUUCCGAAACAAGGGUCAGGUUUUUAUCUGGGACAUCGAAGAAAGCGCCUUGGCAGCUGUUGUCAAUGUGCUUGAUAUGGAGGGCGCAUGUUUAGCGUUUUCAAGCGAUGCGUCGAUGAUAGCAGUAUCUCAAGGCGGCACGAUCACAAACUACUGGACAGGAUCCGGGACAGCAAUUGGAAAGUUCGUAUCAGGCCCUAAGAUUCGUACUAUUGGCCUUACAUUUAUCCACAACGGUAGUCAGAUUUUAGUCAACUGCAGCAAUGCCCGUGAUAGUGUACAGGAAAUUUCGGGUUAUAUCUUGGACGCAACUUCCAUGACGCAGCUGGAUACCUUUUUCAAUCCUGGUCAAUACUUUCGUAAAGGCAAAGAUAGAUGUAAGGAUAUUGGAUCGCAAGAGCUUUACGUGAGCCACGGGUCCACACUGGAUAAAAUCAGACUGGAGGACUACCUCUGUCUUACAAGCCCCACAAGCCCUGCAGACCUUCCAAGCUCUACAAGCCCUCCAGGCCCUAUAAUAUGCAGAUGCAAUUGCAAAGAUGGUGAUACGAGCGGCUUUUAUGAACUCUCAGACAAUGUAACAUCCACAUCGUCGUCCGGACUACUCUUCAGCUACACUUUUAAUAUACCUCCAGAUGAUGCUGCGGUGAAAACUCAUACAUUCACCUUGACCAUCUCUCAAUAUGGGUCCCAACGCGAACUUAUCACGAUUCCGCCAUUUGCUCUUACGAAAUACACAGGCUACUACAAAUCCGCACAUUUCUUGGAUGGAUUGCCCCAAUUACUCCUAUAUUCGGAUGAGAUCGUGAUCGUAUUAGAGCUUCCUGAGACGUUCCUUGGCGAUUGUAAGAUUUUGCAAGUAUACUGGCUUCAGGACAAACCGUACUGGGAUGUUGAUAACAACGCGUUGCAGUUAUACGAAAGACUAGGUCUGUUGAGCUGUAAACACCAAAAACAACUGCUACUUUGGCUAUAUCACUACAAUAUCGACGAUGAACCUAUUCAGGUGCAGGUACCUUUAGAUCGACCUCAUGAUUGUGACUAUGGUUUCGAGUUCGCUAGUGCGGUCGUUGGACUGGUUGAAAUGUACAAGAACUCAAACGAUACGUGUAAAAGGGCGAUUUUUCAUUAUCUCGAGGCUCACAUCAAUCGAUACCCCAACCCGAGUAAUCUACUCGACUGUGUUCUUGGUAAAGUUCUCGAAGCAUGGCCGACAGCGCGCAAGACCUGUGAAGACCUGCUGGUUUCCUUACUUUCACCCGAGAGCACACGAUGGAUCCCGCGACCAGAUUAUUGCCAAGGGUCGAAUCCGCUAUGGGUAACUCUUGAGAUGUCUCGGAAAGAUCCUUUAGCCAUGAACCUCUUCAAAACAUUCAUGCAAUACUGCCUUCGGAGAGCCCAUGAAGAGGAAGACCACUUUUUCAUAACGCCCUUGGUGGCAUGUCUUCCUGAGCUAUGCGAUGAGGAGCGGCCGCACCAAGAAAUUGCCUUGGAUAUUCUUCAGCGAAUGGCGUAUAUUCCUGUCAAAAAGAGCUCUUAUGUCGUCGAUAAUCACAUCAUUGCUCAUCCUCCUGAGAUGAAAAUGCUAUUUAAGAAAGACAGUGAACGACUACUAUAUAAAUGCAACAACCCCAUACUACAGCUACAUCUGUCAUCGGAACCUCGCAAUGUUCAAAACGACAAUUUCAUAGACGGAAUAUUCAAAGCAUCAUUCGACAUGCUUUGGGUUGACAAGGACCUUGCUCGCUCCAAGAAUUCGCGGAGCUUCGAAAGCUCGAGCUGGCUGGUAAAGACUGGACUCUACACUCUGGUAUCUAUAGCCUGGUAUAGCUUCAACCCGUGCAGUCGGGUCUCCGUUGUGCCUCAUACUGCCCACUCUGAAUUCUUCGACAACCCAGCGCUUGCUGCUUUGAUCGAGUACAAGUGGAAUACGAUUGGAUUCAAGCUGUGGUUGACUCGAUUUAUUGUCCAGAGUAUCUAUUACAUUUUAGUCCUUACAGCCAGUCUUGUGCAGGUCUACCGAAGCUACGAUACACUUUUUCAUGUGUACAUUGCCAUCGCAACGUUCUCAGGGAUAUUUUUGUGGCUGGAAUUUGUUCAACUACUUGAGAGACCUUGGGUAUAUAUCAGCAUUUGGACUCCCAAUGAUAGCGAGCAUUAGUCAUCUUUUGGGCCACAACGAUGAAGGCGUCAUCGUGCUUAGUUUCGCUGUACUUUUUAUAUCCUUACAUCUGCUGUUUGAACUUAGG